AUGAGUUACGCAAAUAACCCGAGGUUAAACAACGGUCAUCGCGAGACAGCGAGACGUCUCCUACGAUAUUGGGAGACAUAUCCCGAUGAUCCCAAAACAACAAGAAUUUCAGACUCCUUCCGAGCAUAUACGAGUGUUAUAGCGUUCAUCGCGUGGAAUACGAAUAUCGGCCGAAUCGACGUCAGAUACGACGAUAGAACCUGGACUCAGGCAACGCAACUCGAAGACAGCUGGAGGAUAGAGAAUUACGACUAUAACGAGGCGGUAAAUAGCAUCGCCAGGGCGAUUAUCUACGCCCGAGAACUCCAGGACCUUCAAGGACAAUUCGGAGAACCAAGCUCGGAAGAGUCAGACAUCACGAAAAGCAAGCAACCCGUGAGAGACAACGAAACCACCGAACCAGCGCCAAUAACGCCGCCAACACAGCUUCAACAGCAAGAGCAACAACCUCCUGGGGCACCACUCAAGCACGGCCAAUACGAGGGGAAUCACGAGGACCCCCAAAAGCCACAGUCAGCGGUAUCGGAUACAACCGCAAGCCAACCUCAACAAACUUUUCAGCAAGCGGGACCGUCAAAUCAACAACAAUAUACGAAACCGCUGCAAGCCGAGGUUAUUCCUCCAAAAACGGAGGCACGAGUCAUGGGGACCCCAUCGGAGGGAACGCAAUUUAUACCGAGCCAGGGAUGGAAUCCUCAACAGCAAUAUAUGCCCCCCGGCACAGGAGGAUACCUUCCCCCUCAGGGGCAGAUGCCAUACCCAAUGGCAACGGGAUUUCCAUCCUUCCAGACUCCACCGCCCCCUCAAAUGCAGCAGCAGUUCGAGGCAAUGCUAAUAAACGCGUUCGGAAGGCUGUUGGGCACGGCAACGCCGGGAUCGGAACUACCGAACCCAGGGAGGAGAUUCGCAGCCAUAACGAACAUUCAGCAACGAUACGGAGUAUUCUGGCCCGACGCCGACAGCAAGUACGGCAGGGAGCCCAUAUUCCACGACCGAGAGACACCAUGCUACCGAGACGUAGACCUAUGGCUCUCGGCGAUCGAAGCCAAGAUCGUUGAUCCUCACGCUCGAGACGAGGUCUUCAGAGAAUGGCAGAGCCUACUUAGAGGCAAAGCACUCAGCUGGUGGGAAUAUCACCUCGGGCCCGUGGAAAGGAACCAGUACAAGGCCCAGGGAUGGUUCGGCCUGCAGAAGGGACUGAGAGCCCGCUUCGGGCCAACCCAGAUAGAAGCAAUCCAAUGGGUAGUAUCCAACAAGUUCACCGUAGAAAAGAUCGGUAGCAACAAGGAUAUCCGAUUAUUCGCCCAAGACUGCUUCAAAUAUAGCAGAGCAUGGUUGGGAUCGUCAACGCCCCAGCAGCAACUACUCACGAUAUUCUACAACGCUCUGGACCCAUCUCUGCAACGAUUUCUCCACGAACCAACGCUUAAUGAUACGGUUGAGAGCUAUCUCAGACUCGCCGAGGAAAAACGCGGAGUUAUUCGAAGAUACCUGCAGACCCCAAUCGAGGUUCUUCACACAACCGCCCCAGACAGUGAGGAUAACGCUCUAUGGGGAGAACCACGCCCAGCCUGGAACAACAGGAACCAAGAGAAACGCGAUUUUCCCCAGCUACAACGUGACCAGCCCCAAUGGCAACAAAAGAAAACGCAACCUAACUGGAAACAACAAAACUGGAAAGACCGCAAACCCUGGAACGCACAGCAGAAGUUCCCGAACUCAAGGCGAUUCGCCCGGUAUAACCGUCCGGGUCAACCGCCUAACGACGCUAAGUUCGUGUGGGAAGACGAAUCGGACGAGGACAUGAUCAAUCACCUCGUCGAUCACGGGUAUAUCCUCGAAGACGUCGUAGAAGUUCCAGCGGCACAACCACAAGAGGAAGAGGUAGCCCAUACAGGAUGGACUAGUGACGUUGCCUUCCGCGCCCACGAGGCGACCACUCCCAAGGCAGAGAUCCCUCCCCCAUCUCCUCAAAUACAAGAGGAAGUAACGGUAGUCACGACGGCGUAUCAAACAGAGCCCCAGACGGAGCCGCCUAGCGACUUCGCUGGAGUAGCCGUGAAAAACCACGAAAUCAGAGAGUUGCCGAAGUUAGCACCAGGCCAAAUCAUCGACGCUCAGACGAAACCGAAUAAGCGUGGCAUGCCCUCGAAAAGAACACACCUUCGACUCCACGUCAAAGCCGACGACAAUAGCGAACCAGACGAGGUGUGUAUCGACACAGGAGCCUCAACCAUACUAGUUGAAAAGUCCUGGGUCACACGAUUCGCCCGCAAAUCGUCUUUUCGAGCGAUCGAACCAAGGAAAAUGAACGCCGUAGAUUCCACCUUCCAGGUCACAGAAGAAGUAACAUUUGACUUCUACGUCCCUGGUAAAAUAGGCGAGACAGACGUGAACGCACACGUUAUUGUCACAGCAGGGGUUGUCAACAUGCUCGGAGCAAACCUAUUGCUCGGCACCCCCUUCUGUGAGGAACACGGUCUCGUCGUAGACUUCAACAAGUCUGUUGUUAAGUUUCGAUCCGUAUUUAAUAUGGAGGCGCCCGUUGAGUAUCGACGGCAGACGCCACCCGCCAGGCGCGUGGACAACGCCUACGCAGUAACAAUUCCACGGAAGAGUCAAGUCUUCGUCCCGGGACGAUACAGCCCUCUGCCAAGGGAUAGUAACGACGGGAGCGAGACCUGGCACUUCCACCCAACACAUGAGGCAGCGAUCUACAGUACGGUAGAUCUCGCGACCCCAGCGCUAUUUCUCAUCCAUAAUAAAGGAAAUUCAGAAAUGCGAAUCCCCAAAGGCCACCGUAUCGGUCACCUCACGAAACAACCACCAGGGGACACGAGUAUCCUGCUCAGCGACCUCGAAGCUGAAAAUAAGCAGGACAACGCAAUAUUCAACAUAACUAACGAGGAAAGCACCCCAGAAGGAAGCACCAAACCAUGGAUAGACGAGAUACCAGACUACGGAAUCUCUAAACCAGACGACGUGCCAGUGAUUCUCAGCAAGCACGGCGUCGAGAUAUGUGACUUCGACAAGGAAUUCGCGCAACAACUGCGGAAAAUCCUCGACAGGUACGAUAUCUAUCACAACAAGGGUAUCAUACCACUCCCCGACGAGGAACGUAUGCGAAUCGACCUCGUCGACGGAUGGCAGAACCAAAAAACCAACAUAAAGGUUUAUCCACUCGGUCUCGAAGACCUCGCGGUUUUAGACGAAACCUACGGCCAACUUCACACCGAGGGAAAGAUGGAUUGGGCUGACGGCAAGCCAAUCCCGAUUGCCUGUCCUCUUUUCAUCGUAUGGCGACAAACGGAGACCGCGAGAAAACCCAGAGUGGUCGCGGACUUACGCCCACUCAACCGUCUAGCGGUCCCAGACGUUUACCCCUUGCCAGACCAAGACGACAUCAUGAACGCGAUUCGUGGCAAGAAAAGAAUUACCCUCUUCGACGCCACCGGAACGGACGAUCGAAUCGCUGCAUUUAAGAAUCUCAGGUUCCCAAAAAACCUUAGCGAUCUCGAGAAAUACCUCGGAAUGGCAGGAUGGCUUCGAAAAGACAUUCCAUGGUACGACGUGAUCGCAGCCCCCCUUAACGAAAGGAAAACCGAGCUAGCCGCGAUCCUACGCAAGGAGGACCAGUUGCCAACAGGCCUCAAUAGGGCUAUCGACGCUUGCAAGGGAGGAUUCGGGCUUAUGGUGUUCCAGAUGGAUAUUACCUGGGACGGCGUAGGAAUUCCCGGAAAAGACAUCCCACAAAAGCAUAUCCAACCAGUGCUGUUUCUCUCAAAAGUAACAUCCCCAACAGAGAAGCGAUACUUCGCGACCGAGGCGGAGGUAGCAGCAGUGGUGUGGGCAAAUAUCGCAGCUUUCAACUCAGAGGACGACGAACGGUUGGGAGAACCAGGAGGGUUCACGAUUGGGAUAGGCGAAGACUUCGCCAAAACCAUCGUUGAAAAUUACGAAGCCGACCCAAAGUACGGAAAACUGAUCCAGCAACUCAAGAGACAACAAGAGAGUGGCGAUGAGUGGUGGUCACCUAAGGAGGCAGACGACGAGGAAAAUCGCGCUCGGAACGAGAGGCGCACGCCGAUUCGUCGUCGAAUCUCCCCGUGGCAACUAUCAGAGACAGGCUUCCUAUUCCACCGUGCGUAUGAUGGGACAAAAAGGCUGUGUAUCCCACGCAAAGCCGUCGUGGAAGUUCUCAGCCUUGCCCACGAUCAAAAGCACCAUUUCGGCGUAGACCGCAUGCUAGCAGAGCUAGCCAGCUUCCAGAUACGAAACAAGCGAUCGGUAGUAAAGCGAUAUAUCGCCUACUGCCCGAGAUCGCUGCAACACAACCUCAACAACUCGUACACCGCAACGAUCGGGAGAUCUCCCAAUGAGGUCGUAUACGGAUUCAAGCCUCGAAGCACUCUCGACGUCAUCGCGGAAAAAGACGCUCCAACCGAGUCUAUCGACGUCAUAAGAAAGAUAUACCAGGACGAGGCAGCGGCUUUGAUCGAUAUAGCGAACUCGCUGAGAAAGGAACGCUACGACAAAAAGCACUCAGACGUCAGAUUCUCCGUUGGCGACGAGGUUUGGAUAAGACUAGGGAAGGGCUUCCACUUACCUGGCCAACGCCAUAACAAGUGGACGUCACGACGUAUGGGCCCCUUUCGAAUCGUUCGAAUUACUUUCAACUUACCACUACUACACGUCCCAAUUGCGAGAUUCGACAUCAAGAACGCGAAGAUGUCUUCCCAACGCACUCGCCAAGACACCGACGAGAUCGCCGAAACCCCCACCGGCUCCGUCGCAGCCCCCGGAAGCGACGUAGGCAACAACGAGACCCAGACCGACGACGAGAACCUCGGAGACAACUUCGGCCUGGCCGACGAGGAACUUCACGUCGUCAGCGAGAGCGCCGCCGAGGAAAUCACCGUGGCCGCCACUGAACACACUGGUGACCAGCAGGACACCACCAUGUUCGACGCCGACGAGGCUAACAAGGCCCACGAAGCCCACGCCGAACCUACCGAGACGGUCGAGGAAGACCAGCCCAAGAAGACCAGCAAGGGCAAGGCCAAGAAGAAGGCCAAGAAGAGCAACCCCGAGCCAGUUGACGAGUCCAGCGAGGAGGAGGAGUCCGACGCCUCAGCCGUCGAGGCCACUCCCGCCCCCAAGGCUAAGAAGGCCAAGGCUGGCAAGAAGUCCGGCACCCCCAAGAAGAAGAAGCGUGCCGCUACCAAGGUCGAUAGCACCCAGGUCCGAGACGCUAAAAAGCGCGCCCAGGACGCGUUCGCCUUCUACCCGGACGAUAUGUUGCUCGAGGAGAUCGAGGCUUGUCUCGACAACUUCACCGGCCCAGCCACCCCCUCCUCCAACCUGUUCAUUCGUCGCGUUCAGGACGCUUGCAAACGCGCCUACACCGCGUACAACAACAACGCCUCGUCAACGGUACCAUCGCGGGCCACCUCAUUGCUGUUCACCGAGCCGACCUCCUCUGUUCCCCCGCUCGUGAAUAUCAGCUACAUGACCGCCACCGAUACAACCGCUCGCAAGCAACUCAAGAAUAUGGAAAAGGCGCUUCAGGCUUUCGAAGGUGACGUUCACGGAAUGAACGAGACGGUCACCAAGAAUGUGAAGAAAAUCGUUGACGGCGUCAACGAGGAGAUCAUCCCUCGCCUCAACGAACUCGACGAGAAAGCCCAGUCCACCGUCGACGUCGCGAGCGUCAACGAUCGCCUCAAAGCACUCGAAGCGACUGCUGCCAGCAAGGAAAUGAUCGCCGCAGAGGUCAACCGCGUCAUCGCUACCAAGGAUGACGAAAUUGCAGCCCUCCGCGGUAAGAUCGUGGAACUGCGCGAAGCUGUUGCCAAGUUGCAGAAGGGCGACAAGCGCGUCGCCACCGAGAACAUCGCAGGCCCGGCUAAGCAGAGCCGCUUUAGUAACAUGCUGGACCGCGAUUAG